AUGCAUGACUUCAUCCUUCCGCCCGGGUUUCCUCCCCGCCGCCGCCGCCGCCGCCGCAGACCGGCUCCCGGCUCGGCGCGGCGCGGCUCGGCCCGCUCGGCCCCGCCAUGUCGCAGGUGCUGCCCUACGGCGAGGACAAGGUGGGCCGCUACGGCGCCGAGCCCGAGGCGGGGGAGCUGCCCUUCAGCUGCCGCCUGCAGGACACCAACGCCUUCUUCGGGGGCAACCAGGGCAAGCGGCCCCCCAAGCUGGGACAGAUCGGCCGCGCCAAGAGAGUGGUGAUCGAGGAUGACCGGAUAGACGAGGUGCUCAAGGGCAUGACGGAGAAGUCGCCGCCGGGGGUGUAGAGCCGGGACCCGCCGCCGGACCCGCAGCCCGAGCCCCGCAUGCUGCCGCGCCGCCCGCGGGGGGGGGGGGGGGGCCGCGCCCGCGCCCCCCACACACCCCCCGGCCCGGGGCGGGGGGCUCCGCGGCCGCCACCACCCUCCCCCCCCCCCCCGAGCCAUGCACUUUACCCCUCCGCCUCCCCCGGGGGCGGGGGGACAGCCCGCCGAGCCCCCCCGCCCUGGGCAGAGACCGGGGGUCCGGCCCCCCCCACCCC